AUGUCUUCUGCGCGCAAGUCUACUCGUUCCGGCCCUCGUGUGCACCGACUCCCCAAGCACCUGAACCUAGACUACAUCCUAAUCCCGGCGCCUCACGACCUCUCCAUCGAAUCCGCCACCGAAAAGUCACCGCUGCCCGCUAUCAUCGUGACACCCUCAUCGCCCUCGUCCACGAAGGACUUCUCGAUCGCCUUCCUCGCUCCUCCCAAGAAGCCCACCCUCCGGGAACGCGUCUCCGAGUACUUCUUCCCCAAACCCCCGACAUCUCCGCCGACAGCCGGGUUCUCUCCUCCUCUAAUCAGCACUUCAAGCCAAUGCAGUUGGAGGGAGAAGUGGAGAACAUGGACGUCCGCAUCGCGACAGGCUCCCAUCGCGCUCCCCAUCACCUCCCCCGUCUCCGGCAACGCACCCGCUUCAUGGCACUACGACCCGCCCUCCAAACGGCGCCUCCCCUGCCGGUUCAUCAUCUUCGCCUCGAUCGUCUUCCUGCUCGUCUUCUGCCACGUCUUCACACACUACAUCGCCUCGUCCGCGGGGUCGAUGAAGGCUAUGUCGGGCGUUGAUGGAUCUGGCGUGGUUGAUGCGGGGGUGGGGAGCGCGGUUAAGCAGGGAUGGUUUGAUUGGCAGGGGUGGUUUGGCUUGGGUGAUUAUGGGAGGAUCUCGUUGAGGCGUUCAGGGGUUGCUUUUGCUUCCUCGGACGCGUCGAUUGAGGGGCUGGCCAGUGCUACUGGCUUCCCAGCUGCCUUGCGCUCUGCUGCUGCUAGGAAUGAGGUGUAA